UUCAUUUCUUGAACGAAACUUUCCUUAUCUUUCCAAAGUCAUCUUUCCCGGAAAUAAUAUCUUGUGUUAAGGCUGAAAUGUCUCCGGUUUCUUCGGCAGUUAUGGGAGUUGGUCCCCGGGUUCGUCUUUUCCAAGCCAGUUCUUAUCUGACAAACACCGUGAAAGGUCCAGUCGAAAGCAUGCACUGCCCAUUUCUAUCGAACCUUCCGAGCAAAUACGUUCGAAAUUACGGCUCUUCGCUGAUGUCGAAUUACCGACAACACUGCCCAGUCAUGUCCCGAAUGUUUGGCUCGUUAUCGGCGAAGCCCUGGCUCCAGCAAGAACCAGUCACGGAAGAAGACCGCUGUCCAUAUUCUCCGAGUCUCGAGGUGUGCCAAAAAAAUGAAGCCGAUGCUGCGUCGGUUACGGCCAAAGACAAAGUCGCAAGGUCUCCUCCUCCGGCCGAACUAGAACCGUCAGAAUUUCCGUACGAGGAAUUCUUUCACAAGCAAAUAAUGCGCAAGAAGCUGGACCACUCGUACAGGAUAUUCAAAAAGGUUAAUCGAUCAGUGACGGAGUUUCCGUCAGCGACGGAAUACUCCUGGGGUGAGAAACCGAUAACGGUUUGGUGCUCGAACGACUACUUGGGUAUGUCGCGUCACCCGGAAGUACUGCGGUCGGUAAAACAGGCGCUGAAAAAGUUCGGCGCUGGUGCAGGCGGGACGCGAAACAUAUCCGGUAAUUCGGUCGGCCACGAAUUGCUCGAGGCGCGUUUGGCCCGUCUGCACGAAAAGGAGGCCGGUUUGCUCUUCACUUCCUGCUACGUCGCCAACGACUCGACCUUGUUCACGCUCGCAAAGACGAUGCCUGGCUGCGAGAUAUUCUCGGACGCCGGUAAUCACGCGUCGAUGAUUCAGGGCAUCAGGAACAGCGCCGUUCCGAAGCACAUAUUCAAGCACAACGACCCCGAGGAUCUUGACGCGCUGCUUUCCAGGGUGGACAAGUCCAUCCCCAAGAUAGUCGCCUUCGAAACCGUCCACUCUAUGACCGGGGACAUUUGUCCUCUGGAAGAGUUGUGCGAUGUGGCCCAUCAUCACGGCGCCAUGACCUUCGUCGACGAGGUCCACGCGGUCGGAUUGUACGGAAAUAAAGGCGGCGGUGUCGGGGAACGCGACGGCGUCUUGCACAAGAUGGACGUGAUUUCCGGAACGCUGGGAAAGGCGUUCGGUAACAUGGGCGGGUACAUCGUCGGCAGGAAGACCAUGGUCGACUUUGUCCGGAGCUACGCGGCCGGAUUCAUUUUCACAACAUCGUUGCCACCCACCGUUUUGUACGGCGCGUUAACGGCCGUUGAUAUAUUGGCUUCGGACGAGGGUAGAAGGCUGAGGAAAUCUCAACAGGAGAACGUUGCCUACUUGAAAUCAGCGCUGACCGAUGCUCGGCUUCCGGUCGAACGAUCGCCAUCGCAUAUUAUACCGAUAAAGAUCGGUGAUCCGGAAAUGUCAGCUCGAUUAGCAGACACUUUACUGCGGGAAAAGGGGCAUUACGUUCAGGCAAUUAAUUAUCCAACGGUUGCUAAGGGCGAGGAAAAACUGCGACUGGCACCAACGCCGUUCCACACGAAAUUUAUGAUGAACAAUCUCGUUCGCGAUAUUGUCGACGUUUGGAGGGAUUUAGGAUUGACCAAAGUGAUUUCUGUUCAAUGACGGUUAUAGGGAGUUUGGUACUGAAAAACGAAAUAACCGCAAUACUAAAUCUUUAACGUGUGCGCAUAUGGAUCUGAAUUUAUACACUACAGGAAUGCAAAAUCAAGAAAAGGAGAAAAAAUUUCUGACAAGUAUAGGUAAAAAUUUAUUGUAAAACAGUCAAAGAUCAUCGCGUUUGACCGUCAUUCGCAAACGGCACGAAAGAAUCCGUACUUGAUGUGAUUGGGCAAAGAACAGUCCCAAAUAUAUUGUAGCCACUGUAAAAAUGUGCAAGUGACAAAUAAAUGACAAUUAGUUCCACUUUUGAUGAC